AUGCGCGCCACCCGGGUGGGCGGCGGCACCGUGCUGGCCGGCAUCGCGCGGCUGGUGCAGGAGGCGCAAGCCAACAAGGCGGCCAUACAGCUGCUGGCAGACAAAGUCGCGUCCUGGUUCGUGCCCGUUAUCAUCGCCCUGGCGGCGGCCACUUUUGCCACCUGGGUGGCCCUGGGCGCAGCAACCCACCGCCUCGAGCCGCUGCCGCCCGGGGUGUCGCCGCCGCUGCUGGCGCUGCUGCACGCGGUGUCGGUGCUCGUCAUCGCCUGCCCCUGCGCGCUCGGGCUCGCCACGCCAACUGUUGCCAUGGUCGCCACUGGCGUUGCGGCCAAGCUCGGUAUCCUGAUCAAGGGCGCCGCCGUGCUGGAGCAGGCGCGCGGCGUGGGCACCGUCGUGUUCGACAAGACAGGCACGCUCACCCGCGGCCAGUGCAGCCUGCUGCGCGUGGUGUGGUUCUCAGCCGACGGCGGCAGCGACGACGGCGAGGGAGAGGCCUGCGGUGAGGUCUGCGGGGACGAUGGCCGCAGCGGUGGGGCGCGGGGCGGGGCGCGGCGGAAGGUUAUCCAGCUGAUUGCGGCGGCGGAGGCGGGCAGCGAGCACCCGCUGGCGCGGGCUGUCGCGGCGUACGCAGAGUCGCAGCUUAAGAAGGAGCCGGGCGGCGACGCCGCCGCCGCUGCUGGUGGUGGUGGUGGUGGUGGCGAUGAUGUUGCCAUCGUCGACGAUGAUGAAGCGCCACCGCUGCACGUUGAGGCAGUCGAGGCCGCCCCCGGCCGCGGCAUCAAGGCCCUUGCGCCCGCAGCCUGGCGCGCCGUCGCCGCUGCGGCCGUCGCUGCCGCAGCCGCCGAGCCGGACGCGCCGCCGACGUCGGCGGUGUGCGACCAGGCCGCAGCGGGGCUGGCGGCUCCGCCGCGGCCCGCCGGCGGCAGCAGCUGCUGCAAGCGCGUGUCGGCGCCACCGCCGUCGCAGCCGUCGGGGCUCGCGGCCUCGGCGGGGCAGGUCGGGGUGUAUGUCGGCAACGCGGCAUGGAUGCGCGAGUGUGGUGUUGCGCUGCCGCAGGCGGCACUGGACCGCGUGGCGGCUCUCGAGGCGUCUCUGGGCGCGACCGUGGUGGUCGCCGCCGUCGGCGGCGCCGCGGUCGCGCUGCUGGCGAUCGCGGACGAGACGCGGCCCGAGGCGGCGGGCGUGCUGCGCGCGCUGGAGCGGCGCGGGGUGGAGGCGUGGAUGGUCACGGGAGACAGCAGCGCGUACCGUCGUAUGGUGUUCAACUUUGCUUGGGCCUACGGCUACAACACCCUCGCCAUCCCGCUCGCCGCCGGCGCCCUGUACCCAGCUACCCACCAGCUGCUGCCCCCCUGGAUCGCUGCGCUGGCGAUGGCAGCCAGCAGCGUCAGCGUCGUCUGCAGCGCGCUGCUGCUGCGGCUGCACCGGCCGGCGGCGGACGCGGCCGCACUGAGGGCGGCCGGCGGGGGCCGCGGCGCGUGA